AUGGUAAUAUCUGCCCUUUAUCCCGACCUUAAGGCAGAGGUGUGGGAGGGCCAGGGAGAUGCACUGGAGUCCUGUCCUCUGGGGAAGUUGUUUGUUCCUUCCGAAUUACGACACAAGGUGUUCGAGAAGCAUCACUGUUUUGAGACAAAAGAUGACAUUUACUGCUACUCUCUGGCGAAGGCUUUGCAUUACGCUGUAUCUCCUCUGACAGUCGGGUUUUACGCACCAUGGGGUAGGCGCGAAGAUUUCCUUAUCAACAAGGUUGAGUCGUAUCUUUGUCUUGAAGGAUUGAAGAAAGAUGGACUAGAAGAAGAGAGAACUGGACUGAGGAUAAGAAAACGCACAGGAAAAGACCUCAUCAAACUCAUCUUUCUUAUGACAUUUUACCAUCCAGUAAUCACAGAAACACACAAGCAGCGAACGAAUAUACAUUAUUGUUUCAUCCGGUUUAGUGCAUGGGAGUUCGCUGGUAGUGACCAGCUUUGGGCUGGGCUAGUUACCACACUUUGUGAUGGUAUUGAAAACUGUUUUGGUCUGGCACCUAUUAGCAUUUAUAGAGCAGUAAGUACAAAAACUAAAAUCAUAGAUGCUCCACUCAAACAGGAAUGGGUUAGUAAGAAAUUCCUAUGUCUCCCACUUUGGGUUGCUAUUCUGUUGGCGAUCUUUAUUGCAGUUGCAGUGGGUGCUUCAAUCCUGAUUUUUGGCUUUCCAUUGGGUGAUCUCUCAGGAAAUAUGUUAGCUGCCGUUCAAGGUGUUGGGUCAUCUGUGGUUGGCAUAUCUUUGAUAAUAGCACUGAAAGUAGGUAUUAAGGUGGUCAAAAAUGUCAUUGUCACUCAGAAGGGUAUAGUGCAACAAAAAAUGAAUAGAACAGAUAUGAGCUCCCAGUUGGGUUUCAUGAGUGAUGUGAGGAAGGAGGUUAAAACCAUCACCAGUUACCUCCAACUCAUGGAAGUCUUCCAAAGGCAAAAAAUUAGAGUUGUACUUGAGAUCACCAACUUAGACAAAUGCAUGCCGGACAAAGUGGUUGGGGUUCUAAAUGCCAUGAAUAUCCUCCUAUCUGAUGCAAAUGCCCCAUUUAUUUCCAUUUUGUCUGUGGAUCCAAGUAUCAUUGUAGAAUGUGUCGAAAGCUCGGACCUCUUGAAAGGUAUGGCCAACAAUGGCUAUGAGUUCUUGAACCGCAUAAUAACAUUACCUUUUUGUAUCCCGAAAAUGGACUGUGACACAAAAUUAUCCUUGCUAAGAAGUAUUAUUGAAGGGACAGAUGAAGUAAUUAGAGAUAAAGAACAAGGACAAAAAAAAACUAACACAGGUGUUAAUACCGUUGAUAUGCCAACAGCAGUAAAAGGUUCAUAUGAGCUGGAGCCCAACAGCUCCUUCCUAGAUAAAGGACCAAGCGCAAAAAAUUUAAUAGAUGAAGCCCUUGGGUAUUUUUUUCAGGAGCAUAUGCGUGAGUAUAUUACUGACAACGCUGUUCAUAUCAAAAGGAUGGUAAAUACUAUCACCAUAACCAUCAGACUGAUGAUCCGGGAAGUACCAAGAAGCCAAAUACAACCCCGCAAAGUUACAGAAUGGGUGCUCCUGGCAACCCACUGGCCAUGUCGGCUCAGCUGGAUAUUGCAGUGCAUUGAGGACGAGCAACAGAAUAUGUCCCUGGAAGGACAACAAACUGACUCUUCAUACUCCAGAACGUUCCUUUGGGAUGUUUUUGAGAAGACUUUGGAGGAACUGAACGCCAUAAAGACAAGUCUGAAACAACUACUGGAGUUGGAUGGUGAUCCACAGAUCUUCCACCAUUUAUUACGUGAUAACUUUACUGUAGAAGAUGCCAACUUCUUUCUGCCAUUUACUGUUAAUUUAGAUACCUCCAUUAAAAGACAAAUGGAACUGCUAAGAGGCAGUAAUAACAUGUGGGAAUCCAAAAAGAGCAACCGACUUACCGUAAAGUCUCUGCUGAACAUGAGUGUGGAUGAGGUGUGCGAAGAGAUGAAUAAACUUGGUUUUCGAGAAGAGAACGUCCAAAUGUACAAGCAGAAGAUUAAGGACCACAACUUGAGUGGCAAAGCACUUGUCUACAGUGAUAUUAAUGAGAUAAAAAAUGUGAUGGAAAUGGGUCUCGGAGACUGGACAUUGUUCAGUGUGUACUUCUUUGGGGCUCUUCCGUCAGCUCCUACUGCCCCUGCAACUGCCCCAGUUAUUGGAAAGCAAGAGGCGCCAUAACUUGGUGCAGAAUCUAUAGAGAAUGUCUUAAAAGGGAGCAGGAUAUCUCUAUUUAUCAGAUGAGAACUUUUAACAUUUCACAUGUUCGUUGAAUUCUUACUCUCAUUAUCUAAGUUCUGGUUAAUAGAAAUGGAGGAAGUCAUAUUA